GCGCAGAGUGAAGGAAUGAACCGGGCUUUUAUGGAACGAAGUGACUGUGAACAGGUUUCAAAACUACAAUGAACAGUCAGUCUGCCAUCAACAAAGAAGUUUUCAUCCCUCGUGAUGAGCGGCUGUUGGUGGCAGUGGAGGUAUGGAGGAGGAAAAGGAAGAAGAUGUCCUUUCUGCCUACUGCAGCCAAGGGAGAUUAUGUCACAUUCAUCUGUGUUUCAGUGACCAACACCAUACCACAUCAGCUCUUUAUUACAAAGGUGAAGCAGUUUGGUGGGUCCUCCUCCUCCUUCACCAGGAGGUCCCAGUGGACAGUGGAGCAACUCCGGCAGGUCAAUGGCAUUAACGCCAACAAGGAUAGCCCAGAAUUUGACCUAGUGUUUGACAACACUUUUGACCAGUGGGUGGCCAGGUCAUCAGCAGAGAAAUGUAUCUUUAUCCAGAUCCUGUACCAUGCCUGCCAGACCUACUGGGAGGAGAAAGCAGGCAGUGUGGGAAAGUCUGUGAAACUGGGCAAGGUAGGCCAACAGGGGAGAGCAAGUCAGUGUGCUCACCCUGAGGUUGGAGCUGGUCCAAGUGAUUCCUCUGCAUCCAGAACUGUGAAGGCCCGGCGGAAGAGCUACAUUCCGCCCAGACAGACAGAGUUCAUCAACUGCCAGUCCAAACUUACAGGAGAUGCCUGCACCAUGAAUCUGGUCAUCUACCGCUGCAAAGUCUUCUUGAAUCGCAUGAAGAACAUGAUAGUUGCAAACCAAAGCCGUUCACCAGGUCGAGGUCAGACGAGACACCGUGUCACAGGAAGAACUCUGGGUAAUGUAGCUCAGAGAGUGAAUGUGACUCUGGGGGAGCGUGGAGACAGAUUGACCCAUGCUGAAGACAAGACGGUGGAGCUGAUGCACAAAGCCCAGCAGUUUGCAGACACUGCUCAUAAGCUGGCCCUGAAGUAUUCAAAGUAG